AUGAGUGAAAUAUACGAUUAUGUUUACGGCCAUACAAUGGCUCCUGCUCCACAACAGCAGCAGAGCUCCAAUGAAAGUGGGGAAGAAACACUUAAGGCCACCACCACCCUCACAACAACAAUCUCACAGGAUGACUCCUCAAAUUCGGAGAGUGAAAUAGAUGUCUCACAAUUUUCUUCAAAUGAUUUGCAGAUCUUUGUGGAUAGCCUGGAGACGAUUGCUCGUCUGGAAAGGGCGAAGCAUAACAGAAAACUCCGUCACAAACACCGAAGAACACACAAGAAACGUCAAGUGACCUGUUUGGAUUCCUCAACCUGUAGCAGCAUACACGAAGAGGAUUUGGAGAGUGGCAGUGAUGAGUACUCCUCGGAUGAAGAUCUUUUCGAUGAUCAUUAUCUUCAACUUCCUGUGCAAGGACAGAGUACAGCCCUCUAUAGCAACUUAAACGUGGAUAGCAGUAUCACCUCUGAUUCCGAAGAUUCUGGGGUAUUUGUUAUCGAACGCAGCCGAAUUGAGAAUCAUGUCUAUGAAAACAUUCCACCACUGGGUCUCUACCCCACCAACACUACCUCAAAUUCCAAAAGUAAAUCAUUGAAAAUGCGUUUAUACUCCCUCAUCAAACGGAAACAUGAAUCCCAAAAGCCAUCUGUUGAGAUUUUGUCAUCCACAAAAAUUGGAGAACUAUCAGCCCUAAAUGCAGAUCCCAAAAAGAAAUCGAAGAAAUCAAAAUUGAGAAGCUUAUCACUGAAAUCGGAUAAUAAGCUUCUGGAAAAAGCCAUGCGUCUGCUGACACUGUAA